AGCGUGCAUAGUACGAGGAUCGGUCGUUAAGAUGAGAAGAGGUGAUCUAAUAAGAUUUUCUGAUGACUUAAUUUAGCAUGCCAUUAGCGAUUUAGUAGUCCUGAAGGGCCACUACACUGCUUUGUGCAGUCCUAAGUUUCGGAACGUUGAUACCAACAUUUCUGGAUGUUCUUUCCAAGGUAGCCGACGUCAAAGUAUGGUUAGCGAAGCCCAAUCGAUAGGCUUUCUUCCGGAUUUUUUUCGAGCCUAAGUGCAAUUGAUGCUACACAGCGGCAGCCACCAUAACCUAAAUUAGUUUUCUAAUUCGUGCCGUUCGGAAGUGCAUAGAAGAGAAAUAAGUCAUCCUCGCAGAAAACGGAAUCUUUGUUUAGCCCGAAUGAAAUAAAUUCCAUUAGAGGAGCUUGGUAGAAACUGCAAGGGAUCUAAACUCGAAACACCUUUGACUGCCUUUAAGGUUCAUCUUCUUCUAGAGAAAACAAAAGAGUGCAGUGAAUACAUAAAAGGCACAUUUUAGAAAUUUGGCGGAUUUGAAGAUGUGACGCUCCCAGGUUUUCUUGAUAAAUAUGGUUCCCGAAUCGCUAUUAAAUGAAUGUGCCUAAAAUUGUUCGCUUUAAACUUACUAAACGGACCUCGUACGCAUAACCUCAACAGCGAAGUCCACAAUACAGAAAUGAAUUGGCGAAAAUAGAUAGCAAAUAAAAGAAAAUAAACAAAGUCCAGAGUACGCAAAUGGAUGGAGAAAUAAAGCGAAAAACGCGCAAUGCAAAACACAAAUGAAAGGAAGAAUUCAGAAAAAUGAAUAGAAAUAAGAAGAAAAAAAAAUCAAUUUGAUCGCAACGGCAAACGUCCGAUGAAUAGAUAUCUAGCGGCUAAGCGAACGCCCGUAGAAGAAAAGCAACUUUUUUGCAGCACUCUACAUCGUGAAUGGUGAGCGCGAUUUGGAAAUAAAGAGCAAAGCGUUAAGAGCUUCGCAAUCGAGCAUAAGAAUAUGUACAAGCUUGAGUAGAUACAGAUAUAGUAGAUACAAGCGGACGACGCGCCAACAUAAGCGGAACUAGGUAACUGAAUUUCAUAUUGGUUGGAGACUUUUGAAGGCAGAGAGAUCGACGAGCGCGGGCGCUUGCACGUACGGGAAGUGUGGCUUAAAAUGCAGCGGUGACUGGCCUAAUAUUCGUCUAGAGUGUCUAUGUAUGCAUUUCAAGAAGCCUGCACAUAUCGCGCACCACUGCCUGAUUGACUCAUGCAAAGCGACGCGCAAACAAUAAAGUAUAGACGACAGCAAACGUAAACAAACGUAAACUAAUGUACAGGCGGCAACAAGCGCGCUAGAUCGUAAGCGCUGAGCGCCAUUCGCAGCUUGGAGACUUCUACACGACUGGCUCUCCAACAUCGUUUCCUAGCUGGUUUUUGUUGUUUUUGUUGCUGUUGUUAUUGCUAUGGUUGUUGUUGCUGUUGAGCGCGCUGAAAAAGGCUUGUCGGUCUUGACUUGGCGCGACUUGUCUUGUGCUUGACUGAGCUGCGCUAGUGUGGCACUUGAAGAAAGAUCGUCUCAUUGUGUCGAGCUUAGUUUCGGUUUGUAGCUGCUCGAUAAAGCACGAAAUGGCGGAAUAAACGAAAGCGUAUUCUUGAAACGUUUUGAGAAAUAAAAAAUAAAAAAUAUUUGCUGUGAAAAAAAUCAAUGAUUGCUUAGUGCGCUCGGCAAGUUUGCAGCUCAGACCAACAAAGAAGUAGUGAUAAAUAUAUACAUAUAAAUUGUGAAUUGAAAAAUUUGUGAAGAAAGUGAAUUGAAUGAGUCUUCAAAAAAAAAAAAAAACCAGCAACUUUUUUGGAAGCUUUGCGCUAACCGACUUUGUUUGUUUUUUUUUUUUGUGUGUCUAACGCGUACUUAAGUGAACGUCGUCACUAUCAUCAUAUCAACGCUUCGUCGCCGGUUGACCGCGUAACGCAAACAACUCAGUUUCCGUUUAACCUUAUUUCGCAUCGACUUCACAUCACAUCUAUGCCAACUGGUAAUUCAACGUCUCAACGAUAAUCCUGACCCAACGACAGUGCCGAAUGUGUGCGGACGGACUCCCUUGCAAGUGCAAUUGCAAUGGCAAACUCAUACAUACAUACGUACAGUGAAAAGCAAAUAUAGUCGCUUCAAGCGAUUACAGUUACUCAGCAUUCGGCGGAUGCUCAAAAAUUCAACUACGAAUUAUUAAAGUGAAAAAUAUUAUAAAAUAAAAUUCAAAACAAACCAAACAGUCUGUUAUAAAUUAUUGAAAAAUUUAUGCAAAAAAUCUCUAAUAAAAAUGGCGUACAACUUGCCUAAAGUGUUUUAAAAGUAAAAAAAAAAAAAACAAAACAAAGAAAUAAAAACAAAACCAAAAUCUCUAAAAUUUCUUCGCAACCAACACUUCAACAACGUCAAAAUGGAAUAUCUGCUUUUGAACGCGUUCGAACAGAACUACUACAAUCAUAUCAAGCAAUAUGAGCGCGUCGCUGCCACCGCUGCACGCGCGCAUUCAACGAAUCAUACAUCUACUAGCAGCAGCAGCAGCAGCAGCGCUAGCAACAACAACAACAGCUUGACUACCAACAACUCAUCAACCACUUCAUCCAUUGCCAACUCACGUUCCAACUCCUCCUCGGCCGCUUCAUCGCUCGCUUCAUCACCAGCAUCUGCUGUUGGUGGCAGCGCUGCAACAGCGGUCGGCGGAACCGCACUGCCUGCAAUCAGUCCAACUACAAGCACGCAUAGUAAUAGCAAUAGUAGCAGUAAUCAUUAUCCGCCGGCGGCUAAUGAUCAGGAAGCACCUGCAGCAGCAGUAACAGCAACAACGACAACAACAACAGAAAGAGCAACCACAACAAUUAAUGGUGAACAGAAAGUAAUGCAAAAAUCAACACAACAACAUAAGCCGUCGCAGCGUCCGUCGGCGAUGGCACAACAACACCAGCAACAACAAGAACAAUCGCCGCGUCAUUUUCUGCACUUCUCGGUGGCGCAAGCUGCAAUAGCCGCACAGCAGAAUAUGCAGCAUUUGCAACAACAUUUGGCUCAGCAGCAGCAGCAACAACAACAACAAAAACAGCUGGCGUUAAGUCGCGUGGGCACAACAGCAGCGCCCACAACGACUGCCUCCUCCAUUGCCGCUGCAGCACAAAUGCAUCUUCAACAUGUUGCGGCGCUGCCGCUCUCGCUGCCCCUAACGCUACCACCGCCAUCAGCGGCGCAUCUGCAGCAAUUACAACAACAACCACAUCAUCAUCAUCAUCAUCUCCAGCAUCAACAUCCACACCAAGUUUCGCAUGCGCAUCCGCAUCACCUGCAGCACCAACAAGCCGUCGAACAGGCGGCACAUGCGGCAGCGCAUGCGCAACUAAUGCAUGCUCGCGAUCAACAAAACAAUUCGAAUGUGGCGAAUAGUUUGUUUUGGCAGCCAUGGCGUGAACUCCAUCACCAUUUAUAUCAACAACAGCAGCAGCAACAACAGCAACAACAACAGCAAAUGCUGCAAAAAGAGGCGCGUAUUUCGUCAAAAGAAUUACCCACCGCGCGCUGGCGCCGUGAGCGUCGCGUACGCGCUGGUGAAUACCCCACCUCCGCUGCUACUGCCGCCUCAACAUCGAGCAGCCUCUCGCCCGCCGGCACACCACCACCACCACCUUCGCAGUCCGGUGUUUGUGUCGGCCUAUCAUCGCCAGUGAGCGCACAUCAAGUACCGCCACCAAUGUCUAUGAUGAUGGCCGCUGCAAUGCGUCCACUUUGCGAGUCGACAAAUCGUCCCACGCCACCACCAUCAAACUCCUCAGCAGCUGCAGCAGCAGCAUAUCAUCAACAGCAAAGCGGCGGCAUGGAGAGUCCCAUUGAUAUGUCGGUAACAUCAUCAUCGCUAAAGCAUCGCUCGUCGCCGCCGCCACCGUAUCGCGCCCCACUGCCCGGUUCCACAUAUGCCACAGCGUUGGCGCGUCCCAGUGUCAUAACACAGGCGCCAUCGAAACGAGAGCGUGAACGUGAGCGCGGUGAACGUGAAAUGUUGGCGAAUCGUGAGAAUGACAAUCGCAGCACGGAGUCCAUUUCCACAUGCGACACAGUUAUUGAUGAACACUUCCGUCGCUCGCUGGGUCCCAACUAUGCUGUACUAUUUGGCAAAAAGUCGCCUGGACACCAUCCAACCACACCGUCGCCACAACCGAGCGCCAUCGCCAUGACUGCAACGGCUGGCAUUAAUACGCCAACACCAACGCCGCCACCACCAAUGUCAACACAAUUGGCCGCCUCCACAGCGCAGUUGCAGCCACAAGCACUCGUUGUAGCACAUCCGGCAACACACAGCGCUUUGCCGCCCUAUCACGCACCACAAGCGCUCAUCUCACCAAAACCAGCAUCAGUGCUACUCUCCUCGGCUGCCAUAUUCGCCGCCGCGGCCGCUGCUGCUGCUGGUCAGCAACCGCUCAAUGCAGCAGAGUCAUCUCUCUCGCCACGCGAUCAAAUGGAACAUAUGAUGGCUGUAGAUCUACCACCGCCACAGCAGCAGCCACUCGCUCUAGCCACUACGCAACGCUGCGCAUCACCACAACCCACAACACCCAAUGCCAAUGUAGAUGUUGGCGGUGGCGCUGCGGCAAAAUCACCACCCAUGUCACCAGCAUGCGCCACAUUACAAUCAUCAACACCACCACCACAACCACUAACAUUCGGCUCGGACGGUACAUUGCAUAGCCAAGCAUCUUCGGAAGCGCAUUCAACCAGCCACUCACGUUCACCUAUAGUUACGCCACUACAAUCACCAAAUUCUCAUGCAGCUACAGCUACACUAACAACGCCAACACCAGCAAUGGUAUCUUCUUCUACACCACCAACUGCAGCAGCAGCAGCUGCAGCAAUAACAACCACCACCACCACCACCGGCGGUCCGACCACGCCACCACCCAUAAUGCCGGCGAUUAUACGUAUCAAAACCGAACCGGGCUUAGCGGCGGCUACCAAUACACCACCCGCCUCACCAACAUCCACCUCAUCACCCUCUAGCAUAACGGAAGUAACCGCCUCGGUGGAUGAUCAUUUUGCCAAAGCUCUCGGUGAUACCUGGAAGAAACUGCAGGAGAAUAAGGAGGUGCGCAAGUGAAAUAUGGCAAUGAGACGGAAGCGACGUAAACGGUUCGAGUGCAUAAAUGAAGAGUGAAGUGAUGGUUAGGAGAAGGAAAGGUCAAAGAAAGAUUAUGGCUAGUGAGAAAAAAAAUGUAGAAAGUUAUAGGAUGGAAAAUAUGAAAAAAUUUGCAGUUUCCAUGUGGAAAAAAAUGUGAAGGCAAGCAAAAAGAAGUUUGAAAAAGAAAAAAAUUAAAACUGUAAACUAAAGGCCGAGUUGCCAGAAAAAAAAACGGUUUAAAAUGUAAAAUUCAAAUAUUGUCAAGAACAACAAAAAGAAUCACUACUACAAAUAUAAGUAUGUAUAGAUAAAAUAUCUGAAAUCAACGUAAAGUGUUUGAGGUUAGGUUGCUGUGAAAAUUUGCGCAUGAAAAGCUGAAAAGCUAUUAAUUAAAUG